AUGCUUAUCGCGCGCGCCGUCUCCACAUGCAGCUCACCACUCCACACACAGGGCUCCUGCAUGUCUUCGCCGUCGAAGAAGGAGAUGAAGCGCACGGACACGAACCGCAGCAAGACGGGCAACGAGCUGCAGCGCACCACCUCCUCCUACCACGGCAGCGUCGCCGACGGCAUGCGCUACUCGGACCGCGCCGCCGCCAACAGCGAGCGCGAGCGCCUCACCGCCAGCCAGCUGCACAAGAGCAAGACGCUCGAGGAGCGCCUCAAGCAGGCCGAGCGGGAGAACAAGAACCGGCUGGGCUAG